AUGCUGCCAUCAACUGAUGAACUAAUUGCAACUUUAAAUUUUUAUGGCUUGAAUGAAAUAGGCAAGCAGUUAAACAGUAUGGUUAAACCAUCGAAGAAUAAAGAAAAUCCGCUUAUAAUUCCUGCAUUUAAUGAUGCAUUUUCACUACCUUCUACAGAAUUCGGAAAAAUCCUAGCUGACUAUGUUGGAGAAGAGAGAGUUAAUGCCUUUAAACAGACAAUGCUUUCAAAAGAAGAUAUCAAUAAAAUACAAUUUGAUAUGAGUUUAACAGAAGUUCAGAAUAUAUUCGGUCCUCAGAGGAAAAAUCUAUUUUCUGAUAAAAUAUUAGCCAAAUUCAAGCUCUCUGACGGAAGAUUUGAUUGUUCUUUGUUCAAGGCUUUUCUAUUUCAGCUUUACAAUAUACAGAAUGGAAUUCUCACAAUCUUAAAAAUAGAUCCAUUUAUUACAAGAACACUUUCUUUAGAAACGUUUCGAAAUUAUAUUAUCCAAUCUAUUCCAACAUUCAAAUCACUUGCUUCAUUAGAAACAGAUCUAAGCUGGUAUAAAGAAUUCUACGUUGAAAUUGUUGUUUCGGUGUUUUCAUUCUUUAAUUCAGAUAUUUAUGAACUUAAACUUGAUGCUACAUCACUUUUCCAAUCAAAUACAUUCUCAGCAUUCGUUAAUAUGGAUAUAAUCCCUACUCCAGGUAUAUUUUCAAUCAAAUCUACAACAUCAAUUUAUAAUACUUAUGUAAAUCAGAAUUCUAAUGAAGAAGGACUUAUAGGCAAGCAAAAUCUUAAGGAAAUUUUCGAUUUUAAGUUCUCAGAUGCUUUUCUUGACAGAUUAUUUGAAAUUUUACCAACAUUUGAAGGAAAAUUAGACUUUUGUGCUUUUCUCAACUUCGUCAUUCCACUAAAGAAUAUGCAAUCCAAACAAGGGAUCGGGUUUUUCUUUAAAUUAGUUGAUAUCGAUGGAGAUGGCUAUGUUUCGAACUAUGAUAUCUCAUACUUCUACAAAUCAUUGGUUGAUGAAACAGGAUUUACUGAAAUUAAUUUUGACAGAUUUUGUUCUGAAAUUUUAGACACGAUUUCAGCUGGAGGAAAAGGAGUCACGAUCAAUCACUUGAUGAAAAUGGGUGCAUCAACUUUCUUCUUGAAACUGAUUGACAUUAAAACGUUCAUGGAAUGGGAAAAUUUAAUUGGAUGA